ACAUGUGAAAUGCAAUCUCCAGUUUCAGUGGAUUCAUGAUAUGUACAGUUUCAUCAGACCGGAUGUGAGUUUAGAUGAUUGUGUCAUUGACCUCUUUACUAAUACUUCCAAUUGAGAGGUUCUGAACUCGUUUGUGUGGAUUUCCCCUGCUCUUAUUCUAGCUACUCUGCCAAGAAUUUCGAAGCUGUUUCCUUUUUGUUUGUUUGAGGAUUGAUCCAGCCAUGUUGGAAACAGAAGGAUUUUAGGCCUUCUUAGUCGACUUUAAGAAUCAUUUUGUUCCUGGAUUUUCAAGGCCACUAACUCAAGUAGAUUUACUUCACAAAAAGUGUGCUAACUGGCUUUAAGUCCGUCUAAUGUGGUGUUUUCAAUCUUAAUCUGUCUUCCAAUUAUUCAGGCUACUGUUAUGAGGAGAUCGUUUUUGUCCUCACUUGGAAGGAAUGAUUGCUGAGCCCAAACCACCUAGGUUGAUGUUCUUGCAAACUUCUGUUGGAAGUUUGGUCUCCAUCACUGGAUGUGUAGGUGAUGACCAAAUGUCAUCCAAUGACCUUUUACAUAAGUUGGGAAGACGGUGCCAUUGCGUCAAAUCUUAAUAAGAAAUGUGAGGCCCUUGCUAUUUCUGGUUUGGUGGAAUAUGGAGAUGAUGUAGAUGUGAUUGCUCCAGCUGAUAUUCUCAAGCAAAUCUUUAAAAUACCAUAUUCCAAGGCUCAAUUAUCAAUUGUCGUUCAGCAUGUUGGGUAGACUGUCUUGAAUACAGGGCCUGAUGUGGAAGAGGGAGAGAAGUUGGUUAGGAGGCAUAAGAACCAAUCAAAAUGCACAGAUCAAUCUUUGUUUUUGGAUUUUGCGAUGCACUCAGUUAGGAUGGAAGCUUGUGAUUGUCCACAUCCUCCAACUGAUAGGCAGUCAACCUCAUUUAUCGUUCCUAGGAGAGAUGCAUAUGAUUUUGUGGGACAGAGUGAUGAUGUUGCUAGAAGUGAUGGAUUCAACCAUUAUUCAGAUUAUUCACAGGUCAAACAAGAUAAUUUCAUCUGGGAAAGUAAGAAAAAUAAAAGAAACAAGGGACAUGAUCCCGUCAAAAAAGCUUCACAUGUCGGAGAAAAGCCCAGGUCCUCAAUGCAGGAAUCUGACAAGCAUAGAAGAGUUGGCAACAGUGGUUUCUUGAGGGUUAUGUUUUGGCAGUUUCAAAAUUUCUGGAUGCUCCUAGGCAGUGACUUGCUUCUGUUCAGUAAUGAAAAAUAUGUAGCUGUAAGCCUGCAUUUGCAGGAUGUUACACGACAGGUCACUCCAUUGACUUGGCUUGAAGCUUGGCUUGAUAAUGUCAUGGCCAGUGUACCUGAGUUGGCAAUCUGCUAUCAUGAGAAUGGGAUUGUUCGGGGUUAUGAGUUGCUGAAAACAGAAGAUAUAUUUCUGUUAAAAGGAAUCUGUGAGGAUGGCACUCCUGCAUUUCAUCCACAUGUUGUUCAGCAAAAUGGCCUUUCUGUUUUAAGGUUCCUUCAAGAAAAUUGCAAGCAGGAUCCCGGUGCUUAUUGGCUGUAUAAAAGUGCUGGUGAGGAUGUAAUUCAACUGUUUGAUCUUUCAGUUAUUCCUAGCUCCAGCGAUUGUAAUGAUUGCCCUAGCCACUUACCUUCCAUUAUUCAUAGAGGGCGAACUGACUCCCUGCUUUCAUUGGGGACUCUACUGUAUCGGAUUGCUCAUAGGCUUUCGCUUUCAAUGGCACCUAAGGAUAGGGCGAAGUGUGCUAGGUUCUUCAGAAAAUGUUCAGAUUUUCUAGAUUAGCCUGAUCAUCUGGUUGUGCGUGCAUUUGCUCACGAACAAUUUGCGAGACUUAUCUUAAAUUAUGAUGAAGUGCUGGGCCUAAUAUCUGAAUCUUUUCCAGUAGAAUGCGAAGCCACAGUUACCAAUGCAAAAGAAGAGAACCUGGACCCCUGUAGUAGUUUAAAUGAGUCACUUGAUCACAAAAUAGUAUCUUCUCCAGUUGCUGAGGGCAAGUUAGGUAAACACAGGGCCUCUUUGCCUGAUUCUGCAUCAGUAGUUCCUGUAAAUAUGACUCUGGAAGCAAACUUAUUGCCACCCAGCAAAUUGGUACCCUUAGGCAACCCGGAAUCAAGAAAUCUAGAAAGUGAUAAGUCAAAGUCUAGUGAUGAUCAAAAUUUUGCAGUGUCUACAAUGUCACCCUCACCUUCACAUGUGGUUCAAACUGUCACUAAUCCAAUCUCCUCUAAGCUUGCAGUUGUACAUCACGUGUCUCAAGCUAUAAAGUCUCUGAGAUGGAUGCUGCAGUUACAAAUGUCUGAACUGGAAGUGAUUGAUCAGAAGUCUUCAGUUCAUGAUAUAAUCCCUUCACUGUAAAUUUUUUGUGUUUGUGCAUGUGUUGAUGCUGAAUGUAUUGAGGUUUGUGAUAUUUGGGAGUGGCUUCCAACUUCAAAAUUGGAUCAUAAAAUGUGGAAACUUGUUCUUCUGCUUGGAGAAUCUUAUUUGGCACUUGGGCAAGCUUAUAAGGAGGAUCGACAGUUGCAUCAAGCUCUGAAGAUUAUAGAAUUAGCAUGUCCUGUUUAUGGAUCAAUGCCUCAGAAACUUGAAGAUUCAAAGUUUAUUUCCUCCAUGAUCAAGUUCCCUAGCGCCCAGGCAAAAUUCAAUGAUAGAAAAGAAAACACAAAGCCAUUGAUUGAUGAUUUCAAGGAUUUAAACUCUAGCUACCGGGAUAAUUCUCUUCCUUUGGAGCAACUCUCCUCCACUUACUUCUUCUGGGCCAAAGCUUGGACACUGGUGGAAGAUAUUUAUGUGAAGUUCCACAUCAUAAAUGGUAAAAAUAUCUCAAAACAAGCAGAGAGGAAAACUUCUAUCAGUGAGUUAAGAAUAUCUUAGGUUGUAAAGGAGGUCCGGUGGCUCAGGAGGAAGUUAGCUCAAUGUAAUAAGAACUGUAGUUCAUGUUCAUUGGUAAACUGUAGCUGCAAGAGUGAUAGGGCUAGUAGUGGUAGUAGUGUAAGCAGUAGCAGCGGACAUACAUGCUCAAUGGCUUACAGUAGGAAACACAGUAAGAGAUUGCUUUCUAAGAGUGUUCCUAACCCUUUUGAGAGGAACUUAGAAGAUAGUAGACACAAUGUUAAUAAUGAACAUCUGCAGCACAAUGAACAUGGGGACACUUCAGCUGAAUCUUCUUUUAAUGUUGCAUAUAUCAUGGAUGUACAUUCUUCAACCACAGCUGGUCCUAAGGGAGUGGAGAAUUUUGAAAUUCCUAACGCAAAACCUCUUGAAACAUCAGAGACUGAAAUUACAUCGAAAAGAACACUGAAAAAGAAAAAUGGUGGGAUAUUCAAGUACCUUGAGGGUCCUGUAGCAGGAGAUGCAGAACAUAAUCUCUCUGCUGCUUUAAUAUGUUAUGAGGAAGCUAGAAAAGCAUUUGGUGGGUUUCCAAGCAGUUCGACUGAAAUACCAUAUGUAAUUAUGAAGAAAGGAUGGGUUUGCAAUGAGCUGGGUCGAAACAGGCUUGAAAUAAAAGAAUUGAACAAAGUUGAAGUUGCUUUCAUAAAUGCUAUAAAUGCAUUCAAAGAAGUAUCUGACCAUGCCGAUGUAAUAUUAAGUAACUAUAACUUAGGACAUGACCGUUGAGCACAGACCGAAGAGAUGGUCUCAAAGAUUGGCAGUCUCAAAAUACAUACUAUUUUCGAAAAUGCAUAUAAAAAGGCUCUAGAGACAGCAAAAUGAGAGUAUAGUGAAUCACAAAGGUAUUAUGGGGCUGCUAAGUCAGAACUGAGAGCUGUCACAGAUGUAGCUGGUUCUGUGUCGAACAGCUUAAGGAGUGAAGUAUUUACGCAGCUUGCUCAUACAUAUAUGAGACUGGGCUUGCUUUUGGCAAAAGAAGAUACAACUGCUAAAGUCUGUGAAAAUGGAGCUUUGUAAGAUAUAUCUACUUCGUGUGACAUAAAAGACAGGAAGGAAUUGCGAAAACAUGAGAUAUCAGCCAAUGAUGCCGUUAGGGAGGCCUUAUGUUUGUAUGAAUCGCAUGGGGAACUGCAGAAACAGGAGGCUGCUUAUGCUUACUUUCAACUAGCCUGCUACCAAAAAGAUUGUCGUUUGAAGUUUCUGGAAUAAGAUCUUAAAGGCAGAACGCUAAUUUUCAGAGGGUUAAGCAAUAUGCAUCCUUAGCAGAGAGGAACUGGCAAAAAGCCGCAAACUUCUAUAGCCCCAAACCUCAUCCCACAAUGUACCUUACCAUUCUGCUGGAGAGAUCAGCUUUUUCAUUCAGACUGUCCAUUCUUUACAACCAACCACUGUAUGUUUUCUCAGACUUAUAGUAGAGGACAAGUAGGGUUUAAAACUAACUUCUUCUGGAUAGUUCAGAAAUUAGGGGAAUAAGGUGAGAAAACAGAAUAAUAGAGGCUGAUAAAGGAAAACUAUAUAUCAAGGUGAAAAAACAUAGAUAGAAAAAAUAGAAUAUAAUAGGUUAGAUAAGACAAUAACUAAAGGAUAUUACGCAGACAAAGACUAAAUACGCCACGAA